AAAAAAAAUAAAAGAAAAUUGUAUAUAUGAAAAAAAUAAUCGUGCUUGGUGUUAAAAAAUAUAUUGUGUGGUUUUAGCACAUCGUUAAAGGAUUACACAGAAAGCCAAAGCAAACGAAACAUCCGAUUCUUAACGAACACAGAUAUCGUUUUCGCUUAUCGAAAAUACAACAAAAGUCUGUACCGAAUGCUGCCGCCAAAUUGCAGAGUAACUCAAACUGAAAAUAAUUGCGAUAAGGCAAAUGGAAAUAAAUGGUACUAUGUGCCUCAGUUGCAUUCAAUGAGGAGAACCUGAAGAAUCAGAAACGAACCGAUGUGAUACUUGGAGACUAAGCAUUGCAACAACGAUAUAAAUACAUUAGUGUUAACCAUUUAGCGCUAGAUAAAAGCUACAUAGGAAUACCACAAGCAGAUAUAAUUCUACUUCUACUUCUACAAAAAAAGACUUGAGCUGAAACACUUGCCAAAUUCAACAUGGAACACUUGGAUCUGGCUGGUUAUCUGAACACACCAGUUAACUGGAAUCUGGGUGCAUUUGAGCACCAAGAUGUGAUGGACUUGUCGAACUCACGGCAAAUGCUGGAGCCCAUCAUGGAAGAGACGUCCGACGACGAGGAGCAUGCGCAGAACAGUUGGAACGGUUACGAGCAUCGUGGCAGCUGCGGCGGCUUCUGGAGCUCCGCAGAGUCUGAAACGGGUUCGGUCAUCAGAGUCGAAAUUAACAAGGAUAUCGACGCCAUGUCCGAACGUGACUUUGCUUGCCCGCCAAAGCGAGCGCGACGCUCGCAGGACGAACAAAUGAUGCAACUGCAACAACUGCAGCAGUCACAACAACAACAACCACACAGUUUGGAGGAUGUGGUGCAGCUGCGACGUCCGCCUCCUCCACGCUACGAUGCGGACUCACACAACAGUCUGGAGCGCUUCCUCGCACUCGAAGCCUGUGCCCGCGACAGUUACGGAAGUCAGGGACAAAGGAACAGCGCGGGAAGCAGGCGAGGUGGCUGCUCGUUUGAUGACUUCUACUCGGACAACGAUUCGUAUCAUUCGCUGUCGCGCAGCUCGUCGCUGGUGCAGUUCGAGUCCCUGGAGCGACAGAUGACGUUGCAGGAGCAGCACCAAAGCAUGAGCAGCUUAGGGAACAGUUCUCCCUCGCUGCUCAGCUGCGAGACGAUGGCCAGCAGCAGCGGGAACAGCGGCAGUGGCAGCGUUGCAGGCAGCGUUGGAGGCAGCCACAGCAAUCCGGACAGUCGACGCGGUUCGGCGACAUCGCUGCUGAAGCGCUACGAGUCCAGUGAUGGGCGACUGCAUCAGACGUACUAUGAGCUGCAUAAAUUGGACUUUGAGGAGCAGCAGCGUGAGUUGUUUGGCGCCUGCAAGAGUCUGCAUCAUCAGGCCGAGCUGAAGUCGGACUCGGAGUCGAGCAGCACGUCGAGCAGCGACAGCAGCGGACACUCGAUGCUCAGCGCUUGUCCGGGCAAACAGGAUGCAGGCGGAGCUAGGAGAUUGCCGCUGAAUUCGGCGGAGAAUUUGUCAGAGGAUUCGGGUUAUGGGGAGCCGGGCAGCACAUUGCGACGCGCCAAAUCGAAAAGCAUACCAAAGAAUUUCGACAAGCUGUGCGAGGAGGAGGAGAUGGAGGAGCUGCUGCUGCUGGAGCACGAAGUGGAAGUGGAAACAGCCAAGGCAAAGGCGGCAGCAACAGUGUUAGCGUUAGCAACGCAUUCCAAAAACUCCAAUGAUUUGUGUCAGACAAAAAUAGAGCAGACAAAUGAGACGACGACGACGACGCCGCGCUCAUCGUCGUCGUCUUCGCUAUGCUCUCCAACAUCAUCUAUAAAUAGCGGCGAGAGAGGCGCACGCUCGCCAUCUCCAUCGCCAUCAGCAUCGCAUUCGCGUUCGCCUUCGCUAUCCCCAACGCCCAGCGGCUCAUCAACAACAGCCUCUUCUAUGCCGUCGACGUCGUUGGCAUCGCCUGCGUCUUCGUCGUCGUCGUCGUCGCCAUCGUCAUCGUCGUCUGCCGCCUCGUUCACUUGGCUGCGCAACAGUUUGCCCGACAUACGCGAGCCGCGAGGUUCGUCUCCCAAAUCAAUAGCGGACAACAACAGCUACGUGCUGGCCAACAACAGCAACAACAACAACAGCAGCAGAAGCAGCAGCAGCUCCUCUGCCGAGUGCUCACCAGUGCUGGCCACAAGAGCCUCGACGACGAGCAGCGUGCCCAACGAGCUGCAGCAGCUGGGACGUCGCAGACGCGCCAAUCGUCCACGCGCCAAUCGACCGAGCAGCAGCGACGGACACAGUUCUAGCGAGGAUCUAGAUCAGUUUGAUUGCCACAGUUUGCCGCGCAUUCGACGCAGCUGCAGCUGGAACGAUCGCGGCGGCGGAGCAUCAGCUGGCGCAGGGUAUUUGAAUGCCAGCUAUCAGAAUUUGACACUCUUGGAUUACUCGGAUCAGCGGGAGAAUUGCAAACGCAGCUCCUUCACAGACAUGGAUAAGCGGGGUGGCAAGGACUACGAGCAUCUCAUUUGCAAGGGCAACUUUCUGCUCGACGAACUGAGUCAGAUCUACGACAAGAACGUCUCCAUACUCAAUGACAAGGCAGUCGACGUAGAAGAGAAGCAACCGGUGCCCCACAAAUCGCUGCAAGAUUUAGUGGAUGAGGCGUCACCACAAGUGCAACAUGUGCAGCUCACAAUACGCAAACCGCCGGCACGACAACGACGCAGUGGCCAGGCGGAUAAGGAGCCAGUGGUGCUAUCGCAAGAAGUGACACCUGUGUUGAGUUUCAGCAGCUUCGGCAAGACCUUCGAUCAGGAUCCCACCAAUCUGCCCACCUCUUACGCCCAAUCGCUGGAACAGUGCAACAUCGAUGUGCCGCCGACGCAGUCCAGCAGCAACAGUUGCCACAACAAAGCAGCGCAACCAGUGCGUAUGCUGCCCAAGCGUCGCUUCCAGAGCACCACGGCCAAGCAGCGCAGUCUGGUGAGCAGCACACCCAAUCUUUCUGCCUUUGAUGGCGGUGGCCAGGAGACAGAGGAUGACAUCUAUGUGAGCAGUGCGCACAAUUCAAUGCAUCAGUUGCCACAAACAGCCGCACAACCGAAGCCAUUGGGCAUCUUGUUGCCAGCUGGAUCACGUAACUCGUUCAGCAAAGAGGUGAGCUUUUGCCCCGUGGUCAGCAAAUAUUCCUGGCAAGAACAAUCUUCGGAGGAGCCGCCAGAGGAACAGAGCAGCGGACAGGAGGAGGAGGAUGACGAUGGGCAAGAGGAGGAGGAGGACAACGAUGCCACUGUUAUUUAUAACACCAAAGAGAACGAAAAUGUUGCUGCGCGCUACAAUGCAGAGCAGCAGCAACAACAGCUAAGGGCACUGCAACAACAGCAACUACAGUUAACAGCGACGCAACAGCAGCUAAGAGAAACGCAGCAGCGAGAGCAGCGCGAACAAAGAGCGCCAGAGCGUGAGUGCGCGAUCGAUGAGAAGAGCGCAGAGAGCGAUGAUAACAACGAAAACAUCGCUAGCGCGGACACGAACCAGCAGCAAACGACGCAGCAGCAACAGCAGCAGCAACAGCCACCAACAAAAACAUCGCAAACAUCGCAGCCAGCAACGACGACGGCGGUUUCAGUGCCAAGCGUCACUGCUGCCGUCAGUCUUGAAACACGCGUCGUCGCGAGCUCAUCGUCCGCGCUCGUCGCUCCAGUUCCAGCCACAGUUCCACAUCCAGUUACCGUUCAAGUGCCAGUUGCAAAUAAUUUGCCAACGCGUCCCUUAAGCCUGCACUUGCCCAUUCUAAGUGAACCGCCCACAAAUCGCGCUCAUCACAUUUUGUACGCCUCGCAGCAGCUGCUGCAGCGUUACGACAACGACAUCGACGACGUCGAUCAUCAUCGUCACUUUGAUCGCAGCAACAUGUCGAAAUCAUCGCAAUCCGUCUCCUUGACGCCCAGUGGCAACAACAACGAAUCGCCGCUGAAGCAACGCGCAAAUAAAACAGAUGAAAAGCAUCCCAGCUCAAAGAGUUUUCUAUCGCGUUUCGCGCACGGUUUGCGUUUCUCGUUGCGUCGCAAGAAGAAGCAGCAGCAACAGCAACAACAGCAACAGCAACAACCACAGCCGGCGACAACAACAAAGGCCGCCAAGCAGAGCGCAAAACAAUCGCAGCAGAGCAAUGGCAAAUCACAGGAUAUCGUACACAUACCCCUUAAACCGCCACGCAGCAACAGCGGCGCACUCGACGACAGCAACAUCUCGGAGGCGAGCACAGCGAGCAUGCACAGCCGCCAAACCACAACAACAGCUGAGUUGGAACAGUUGCCCAAAACGUCAACGCUGCAGAAGCUGGUCACAGGCAAACCGCCGUUGCCCAAGCAGCCGCCUCGUCUGACGCAUGCGCCAACCAGUGCUGCCUAUCCGCAGCAGCAACAACCGGCAGCAGCAGCUGUGGCUAUCUCCAGUGCUGCCCAUGCGAGCAAUGCUCUGUUGGAUGCCGAAAGGGAACAGUAUGCGGCAUUUGCCAAACAGUUGACAUCGGGCCACCAGCAGACAAACACAACAGCGAUGCGCGAUACGGAAACGGUUGCGGGCGUAACGGGUACAGAAUCGCCAUCGCGUGCUAGCGUUGCACAAAAGACGCAAAUGUUCAAUCAGCUGGGCGCCGGUGCAUCGUCGCGUCCCCUCACCAUGGUCACCGCGGUGCCGGUUGCUGUCUCGCCCAUGCUGGACAAUAAGAUGGGUCUCAUCGAGACCAAUUUGGACACACACGAAACGGUUAUAUCGGGCAAGACGCGUUCGUUGAUGGACAUCACUUGCAAUCCAGUGCAUCAGCAGCACAAACGCUAUUUGGUCAAACGGUUGAAUGUGACCAGUGCUGCUUAUGAUGUUGAGCAUGAAGAUGAUGAUGACGACGACGACAUCGAUGGCCAAGGGGGCGGAGUGCAAAUUGCAUCGGUGCGAAGACCGCACAAAAGCAUGGAAUUUCUGUUGGAUAAAGAGAAUCAAAAGAAUGUUUUGCCACCUGAGAAUGAGCUACAGAAAUCGCACGAUCACAAUCCGGCCGCCCUGAGCGAGCAUCAGCUGCGUGUGCAGGCUUCGCUGCAGCGUCUGAACAUCCCCGACUGGUUCCGGCAAUACAAUCAGAAUGCCGCACGCUCGCCAGAUGGCGCCUGUGCUGCGGCUGGCGGAACAUCGGCGACAUCUGGCGGCUACAAGCCGGGCAACUUUACGAGGAAACGCACACAGGAUUCGGGACGCUGGCAGGGUCUCAACUCGAAGACGACUUCGCUCAGUUCGCUGGGAUCACAGCGCUCCGAUCGUAGUCCCCUGCUGUUGAGUCCCUCGGCGCACAGUCACCACGGUGGCCAGAGCAGCAGUGUCGUCGGCUCUGCGGUGGGCGGCCAUCAUCAUCAUGGCCAUCACGCUCAGGGUGUGGGCGCCACACGUUGGUCCACCUCGCAUCUGAACUCCACCCAGACGUCGCCGAGUGUCUCGCAACGCGGCAGCUUUGCACGCGGCGCGCCCAUCAACAGCAGCUUCAUGUCGGUGGCCAGCGGCAGCAGCACCGGCGCCGGCAGCGUGCUGAGGAACUCCUAUCGUCAGCCUUACCUGGGCUGGCGCAGCACAGAGAAGCUCUCGCAGCGCACGCCACACGAAAGGCUCGCCAACUCGCUGCUGGCGCAACGCACGUCACCCACAUCCGCCACAGCGGCAACCACAGCGAAUGGAGUGCGUUCCCUGCAGCCCGUGACACCGGAAAUCCAGAGCUCCAUCAAGGAGGUGACCUCGGCCAUUGUGCACUACGUGAACGAUCAGACGUUGCUACAGCAACAACAACAGCGCAGCCGCUCGGCUAGCCCCAAUUCUAGAAAGUGCUGGCUGGAGAGCAGCUUCGUUGGCACACGGCCACUCGAUUCACCGCAAACGCCCGUCAUCGACAGCAGCAGCAGCCCGCCCGCAUCCCAACACCAACUACAUCAGCAGCAGUUCCACUUGGAUGCCAGCACUGUGGUUGCCACUGGACAGCCGCCACUACGCAUGAACGGACUUAGCCGAGUGGGCGGCGGUGGCGCGCCUGAACGCUCGUUGAGCAGCGCAUCGCUAGAAGAUGUCUUAGCCUCACUUUUAGGACUGCCAACUACCUCCUCCUCCAACAGCCAGAACACCAAUUCCAACAGCAACCACAACAACCAGAACAACAGAAAUCGAAAUCAAGCAGCAGCGGCGACCAUUCCUGGGUCCUCGACGACAGCAGAUUCAACAGCUAGUCGUCAACAACUCGAAGUGGAGCAGCAGCUACUGCGCCGUCGCAGCGAGGGUGACGCGCCCAGCCAACAGCAGCAGAAACAGAAGCAACAGAACAGUCAACAGUAUACAUCGCAAUCACAAUCUCAAUCCCACAACCAAUCUCAGUCUCAAACACAAGUCUCAACUCAACCACAAGCGAAUGCCAGCAAUCGGCGCGUCUCGCUGGGCGACUCCAACGCCCACGCGGACAAGAGUCUCAACAAUGGCAGCGUCUGCAACGCCAACGAGCAGCAGCUGCAGAUCAGGUGCCGGAACACCAAGUGCGAGCAGAGCGCCACGCCCGCCGAUGCCAAGAAGCUGUACAAGUCAUGCCACAAUUGUACCCAUCUAUAUUGUUCACGUGAGUGUCGGCGCGCCCACUGGGAGAAGCAUCGCAAGGCGUGCCUGCACUCGCGCGCCUCCAAUCUGUGCCGCCAGGUGUUAGCCACCUGCAAGGACGACGUCGACUCGCAACGUCACCUCAGUCUGCUCGCCCGCAAGGGAAGCUUGUCCCAGGGACGCGGCGUUGUCCGCGUGCUCUUUCGCAGCGCCGAGGCCGCUGAGGGUUUCAUCAAGCAUGGCUUCCAGUGCAUGGGGGAGGCAUCCUACGUGCGCUGGCCUGAUCUAAUGCCCGCCGAAAUGGGUCUCGAACUCUAUUCGGAACUACUCAAGCUGAGCACCGAAUACAAACCCGAGUCCAAGAUGCUCAUCUACGUCGCCAUUUGCGUUGUCUCCGAGGCCCCGGGCAUGGGUCAAGCCCCAGUGCGCUGGGAACGUCAGCUGGUCUCGCGUUGUGCCAAGCUGAAGCUCUGCAAGAGCGUGCUCGCCGAGCUGGAGCUGCAGCAACAGGCACUGCAGCAGCCACUCGCUGUCAUGGCAGUGCCGGAACGCACUGAGAUCCUUAUACUCACCUUCAACCCAGGACUACGCACUGUGCCCGGCAAUCGGGAGCUCAUACUGUCCAACAUUCUGGACAUUUUGUCACGACGCGGCGUGCUUCUCCGCAAGCAUUACCCAGAGAUCUUUCAGCGACUGCAGACCUACACCGAGGGUCAGACGGACAAGUUCAAUCCGGUGACGUUGCAUCCGCGUGACUCGCAGACGGGACAGAGCUUUGUCUGCAUCAUUAUGCCCGUUCACACGGACAGCGAGUUCAUCAAGCUGCCUUCUGCGGCGGAUGGAGGCGGCAAUCGAGUGACCACCAUUGAUGUUGGCUCUCCGGCAGCGUUGGCUCAACUGGAUGAUGAUGAAUUGCUCACGCGUACUACGCCAGCGAGUUGAUUGAAGGCGAGCAGCAAUAGCAGUAGCAACAAUAACAACGGCAGGCAACGGCGCAGCGGCAGCGGAGGCAGUAGCGGCAGUGCCACGCCUCCACGUGUCCUUAGCACCGCCUACGGGGAUUCCCUGGGCUAUGGCCUGGAGAGCACGCGCAUGUGAGUCGCAGGUCCGUGAACCGCUUCCAAAACUUGCUCUCGACUAUGUAGCAAUUAAGUCUGACAACAAGUCAAGUCGCUUCUAUCGUUCUAACUCUACUCUACAAUAUUCAUGUUAGUUAAUCAGCUGUUCUGUUACUUCGAUUAACUAAACUAGUUACUAGUUGGCAGUACACCAGUAUAUCAGUAGGGCCCUCCACUCGUUGUUUGGUACACAUACAUCCUAUCAAAAUCCAAUCUAGACUCUCGCUAAACUAUAUCUCUCGAAAUUAUUAUCAUUUCUUAAACACUCAAAAGCUUUACUAUCAUAUAUAUCUCUGAGCUUAAGAGCGGAGUAACUCUCUUGCGUCGCAUGCAAAAGCUACAUGCUAUAUAACUACAAGGAAGGUCAACAGAGUGCAACACAUCAAGAGAACAUUGUAUUGUACUAUAUACAAUAUAUACUCGUAUCUAGUUGUCGUACAAUAAUAGUUAAGCUAGUUCUCAAUGGAUGGCACUUUGCAACAACCAGAUCCCUUAAUAUGUAUCCUGCAGCUUCCAUAAAAAAAAAACAUAAAAAAACAAAGACAUAAACUAAACACUUGAAAGUUUAUAAAAUACAAUAAUAACUUGAGCAAACAGUCUAGGAUAAGAGCCCAUAAGUAACUUUUUUGGGGUAAAAUACACCAGACAAACAAUUUCCUAUUUAAGCUGCGGCACAACUCGAAGCAUAACCUCACUUUUUAUAAUGCAAUUCAAGACAAACACACACAAACACUCACACACAUCAUAAACUAUAACUACUUUAUUAUAAAUGAAACUAACUACAAAAAUAUACAUAUUUAAUUGCAAGCACAUACUUACAUUACAUUACAUACAUUACAUUACUUGUAACUUUUUCUCUUGUACUAUGUGUUAAAUUUAACAAAAGCAAAUCGGAAAGCAUUUGCUUAUGGCCUUAUUUAAAGUUUGUUGAAUUUGUUCUGCCCCUCCAAAAGAAAAGUAACAUUUUGUAGCCUUUUAAAUUAGGUUUUUAAUUUAUGUGUAAGUAAAAGUGCGGAUCUAGGUUAGCUUAAAUAUAUCUAUUAGUUAAAUUUAUGUACUAAAUACUAGAGAUGAAAAUCAAAAGAUAACUAAAUAUUGCCCAAUAAACAUUUUUGAAGUUCACGUUUUAGCUAAAAUAAAUAUAUCUAUAUUUAGAGAUCGAUAACUCUCCCCACUCCUUUGCUAGUUUCAAUUGCUUAACAAACAUUACAAUUUAUACAUUUUUGUGUAAAUAAAACCGAUAAAUAAACAAAAGCCUGUACUGCAUUCGAAUACAGAGCUUACGAUCGUCGAUAUUCUGCUGAUUCAUACACAACAUAUACUAUAUAUCAUGCGUCAUUAGUUCUCAAAAUGAUAAAGAAAACUGUAAGUUGUUUAGUACGUGUAAGAGGGACUUGAAAAACAAUAAAUAAAAUACAUUCAAAAUUAUUGAAACAAAU